UCAUUUUCAUGUUUUAAUUUUUUAUUUCCGUUCGAGACGAUAACAGUAACCGGAUUCAUUCCCUCGAUCAAAGGGGGAAGAGAUUAUGAUUUUUUUUGUUUGGAUCAACCUAAUCGCGUCGAGCCUGAGAGAGAAGGGGUUUCGCCGGCCAGCUAGGGUUCUGCUCAGGUACUUCCGACCGACAAAGAAUAUUAAUCUGCCAUAAAGUUUAUACUGUGGAAAGAUUAGAUAAUUAUUUUUUGCAAGAGGGAAAAUAGAGAAAAACAUGUGAUUACUUAGGUCAACUAGGUUUGUUUAGAAUGGAUGGAAUUGGCUCCGGGGAUGAUUUUGAUUCUGGGAAUGAUCAGAGAUCGGCAAAGCAGCUGAAGACAGGGAAGCCUGAUAUCAGACCCUUUGAACUUUGCACUUAUGGGAAAUCGUUGAAAACGGCCUUUUUAGAUUUGCAGUUGGAUGAGAGCAAGGUGGAUGGGAAUUACAUGACCUUUCUGAAUCAUUUGAAAGAGUAUACUGACUUGGAGAGCUCAGAGAGUGAACAUAGAAGUGACAAUUCUGACUGUAAUGGUGAAUAUGACGUGGAUCUUCAAUAUAAAAUGUUCUUGGAGAAUUUGACAGUAGAUGGAACAUCGUAUAUACUGAAUCUUCCAAGAAAAAACAUGGAACCUUUAUUUAUAAAGUAUGAAUCUGAAGAGGUACAUUCAGAUGUUGAAAAUGAUGUCCAACUGCCCAUGUCGAGAAAAAUGAGGAAGUUUCCAAGUGGGUCGAAGAGAGACGCCGCAAAAACAUCAAGGAAGUUUCUGAGCAAAGAUAAGAUAGGAACUCAAAGGAGUAUGAAGAAUCCUGUGAGCAAAUGUACAAUGGAUGCAAUGGAAAGUAGGAGAAACGUUAAAGGAAUGGAAAAAAGGAAUUUAGCGGCGGAGGAGUGUUUGAAUUCUCAGCCUGAAAAUCAUGUUUCAGGCAGGACAAAUGGAUGUUCUACUGGGAAAUCUAAUGGGAAGGACAAUCAUUUGUUUGGGAAUAAACGUGAGAACAAAAUGGGGGAUGAGAACUACCAAACUUUCCUGAAUUCUAUCACAGUAGAAGGGGGGGAUGGUAUGGUUUUUGCUAUGGAAGGUGCUAGACCGGUGAAACAUGAAGAAUCUGAAAAUUCUUCAGAUUCAGAAGUUUUUGAGACAUCUAACGCUUCGGAUUUUGUUGAAGGGAACUACAACCCAUUUGGAACUUCAAAAGUGUUUGGUUCACUAAUGGAGGAAAAUGAAAGCAAUAGCAACCAACAUUCUCAGUUUAUGGAGAAGCUCAUGCUUAAGCUCAGAGAACCAUACAAUCAAAAGGAAUAUGAAAAACUUUGGAAAGAUAUUACUGAGCAUAAGCUGAAGGAAGGGUGCAGAGACUUGCGUGGAUCAUUAAUAUCAUACAGCAAAGAUGAGCGCAACCUGUCUUAUCUUGAACAGUAUAAUGGGCUUAGAAGAAAGAUUGAUGCAGUCCAAUCUGAUAAAAACAAAGUGUUAAAUCUUUUACGUGGAUUUUUCUUUUGGUUGCAGAAUUUGGUUCAUGAUGAUGCAUUCCCGCCAUGGAUGGACAAGGCAUGUUUGGCAGUUAUGCCAGGAAGUUAGUGGAAGAUUCUGCCUGUGCCGAUGAAUCAUAACAUGUUAUGUGAAGGUUGCAUCUGGCCACUUCAUCCUGGUGGCUUGAACUUGAUAUUAUCAGAGGAAUAAUGAUGUGACUGAAUUUUUCUUUUUGGCUGCUGAAGUAUGGCUGCUUAUUAUGCUUUUUAGUUGAGUUGCAUUUUGCUAGUAGGAUAUCAAAAUGUGAUGAUUUUAGCUGUUUAACAUCAUAACCAUCUUCUUGUUACAGUCGAAAGAGUUACAGCCCUGAUAGGAAAGUUUGAUUUGUUGUAAUCUGUGAUUUAGAUUUUAGACUUGAGCCCUCUAUUUUCAGCAAGAUUUUUUUAUCA